GGGUAAGUUAGGCUAGGACCAACGAAAACCCAAAGCUUUGGAAAAAGAAUCGCCCGAGUUCGACUCCGUAAUCUCACUCACUCUCUCUCUCUCUCUCUCUCUUUUCUCUCCUCUGGUACUUAGGUUUUCUGAAUCUCCUUCCCCUUCCUCUGCAAAAACCCCAACCUUAGAAAGCCCCCUUCGAAUCGACAAAACCCUAGAGAUUUUCCAUCGAUCCGAGUGAAGCUCCGGUUAUGGCGGCGACCAUGGUUAGCUCGGCCGGUGGCCUCUUGGCCAUGCUCAACGAGACCCAUCCCUCGCUCAAGCUCCACGCUCUCUCCAACCUCAACAACUUGGUCGAUAACUUCUGGCCCGAGAUCUCCACCAGCGUUCCCGUCAUAGAAAGUUUGUACGAGGAUGAAGAAUUUGAUCAGCAUCAACGAGAACUUGCCGCGCUACUUGUGUCAAAGGUUUUCUAUUACUUGGGUGAACUUAAUGACUCCUUAUCAUAUGCCCUUGGAGCUUGUUCCUUGUUUGAUGUCUCAGAGGAUUCUGAUUAUGUUCACACUCUUCUUGCUAAAGCUAUAGAUGAGUAUGCCAGUCUUAGAUCUAAGGCAGCAGAAUCCAGUGAUGAAGCAACAAAGGUGGACCCUAGGUUGGAGACAAUUGUUGAGAGAAUGCUGAAUAAGUGUAUUGUUGAUGGAAAGUAUCAACAAGCUAUGGGAAUUGCAAUUGAAUGUCGAAGAUUGGAUAAACUUGAGGAAGCAAUCACAAAGAGUGAUAAUGUUCAGGGAACUCUAUCGUACUGUAUUAAUGUCUCUCAUUCCUUCGUGAAUCUUCGUGAAUAUAGACGUGAGGUACUUCGUCUUCUGGUUAAAGUAUAUCAAAAGCUGCCUUCUCCAGACUACUUGAGCAUUUGUCAGUGUCUCAUGUUUUUGGAUGAACCUGAGGGCGUUGCAAGCAUUUUGGAAAAGCUCCUUCGUUCUGAGAACAAGGAUGACGCCCUCCUGGCUUUUCAAAUUGCUUUUGAUCUUGUAGAGAAUGAGCAUCAAGCUUUUCUUUUAAAUGUGAGAGAUCGGCUUCCAGCUCCCAAAUCUCAACCUAGAGAGUCAGAGCAGCCAAAGUCCAGUGAGGCUGAUUCUGCUCAGAAUGAAACUUCUGCUUCAGAGGAUGUUCAAAUGACCGAGGAAAGUUCACGUGAAUCAGAUCCAAGUGAAGUGCUAUAUGCUGAGAGGCUGACAAAAAUUAAAGGAAUUCUGUCAGGGGAGACAUCAAUAAAGUUGACUUUACAAUUUUUGUACAGUCACAACAAAUCGGAUCUACUUGUUUUGAAGACCAUAAAGCAGUCUGUUGAAAUGAGAAAUAGCGUAUGCCACAGUGCCACAAUUUAUGCUAAUGCGAUUAUGCAUGCCGGAACUACUGUGGACACAUUUCUUAGAGAGAACCUUGACUGGUUGAGCAGAGCCACAAAUUGGGCUAAAUUUAGUGCAACAGCAGGGCUAGGUGUUAUUCACAGAGGCCACUUGCAGCAGGGAAGGUCACUGAUGGCACCUUAUUUGCCUCAGGGUGGGGCUGGUGGUGGUGGCAGUCCAUACUCAGAGGGUGGUGCUCUGUAUGCUCUGGGUCUCAUUCAUGCCAACCAUGGUGAGGGCAUCAAGCAAUUCCUUCGCGAUAGCCUACGAAGUACCAAUGUUGAGGUUAUUCAACAUGGUGCAUGCUUGGGUCUUGGUUUGGCAGCCUUGGGAACUGCUGAUGAGGACAUCUAUGACGACAUUAAAAGUGUGCUUUAUACUGACAGUGCUGUUGCUGGUGAAGCUGCUGGCAUCAGUAUGGGUUUACUCAUGGUUGGAACCGCAAGUGAGAAGGCUAGUGAGAUGCUUGCUUAUGCACACGAGACACAACACGAGAAGAUCAUUAGGGGACUAGCGUUGGGAAUCGCCCUUACAGUCUAUGGAAGAGAAGAAGAAGCUGACACAUUAAUUGAGCAGAUGACACGGGAUCAAGAUCCUAUACUACGUUAUGGUGGUAUGUAUGCGUUGGCGUUGGCCUAUAGUGGAACAGCAAACAACAAGGCUAUCCGCCAGCUGCUCCACUUUGCUGUAUCAGAUGUGAGUGAUGACGUCAGAAGGACUGCUGUUCUGGCACUUGGUUUUGUCUUGUAUUCUGAGCCUGAGCAGACACCUCGAAUUGUUUCCUUGUUAUCCGAGUCUUACAACCCACAUGUUCGAUAUGGUGCGGCUCUUGCAGUGGGGAUCUCUUGUGCUGGUACCGGGCUAAGUGAAGCUAUAUCCUUGUUAGAGCCGUUGACAUCUGAUGUUGUUGAUUUCGUUCGGCAAGGUGCCCUCAUUGCAAUGGCUAUGGUCAUGGUUCAGAUCAGUGAAGCCAGUGAUUCUCGUGUUGGAACAUUCAGACGACAAUUGGAGAAAAUAAUUCUUGAUAAGCAUGAGGACACGAUGAGCAAGAUGGGAGCCAUCUUGGCCUCUGGAAUUCUCGAUGCUGGUGGGAGGAAUGUCACCAUAAGGUUGCUUUCUAAGACAAAGCAUGAUAAAAUUACUGCAGUUGUGGGUCUUGCUGUUUUCAGCCAGUUUUGGUACUGGUAUCCACUUAUCUAUUUUGUAAGCUUGGCAUUCUCUCCUACGGCUUUUAUUGGACUGAACUAUGACUUGAAGGUUCCUAGGUUUGAGUUCCUAUCACAUGCAAAACCUUCACUUUUUCAAUACCCUAAACCAACUACAGUACCCACGACUACAUCAGCUGUAAAACUUCCUACUGCCGUUUUGUCAACGUCUGUGAAGGCUAAAGCUAGGGCUAAAAAGGAGGCUGAGCAGAAGGCAAAUGCUGAGAAGGCGGCUGGUGCAGAUUCUGCAUCUGCUAGUGCAAGUAGUGGCAAAGGCAAAGCAUCCGCUGACAAAGAUGGAGACUCCAUGCUGGUUGAUAAUGCCCCCUCAGAGAAGAAAUCAGAGCCUGAGCCUUCUUUUGAGAUUCUGAUUAAUCCAGCCAGGGUUGUUCCUGCUCAAGAGAAAUAUAUCAAAUUUCUGGAAGAAAGUAGAUACAUUCCGGUGAAGCUAGCACCUUCAGGAUUUGUUCUUCUUAGAGACUUGCGACCUACUGAACCUGAGGUGCUCUCACUCACAGAUACACCCUCGUCUACAGCAUCUCCCGCCGGCGGAUCAGCAGCAGCACAGCAGGGUUCUGCUUCCACUAUGGCAGUUGAUGAAGAGCCUCAGCCUCCGCAGCCUUUUGAAUUCACCUCGUGAAUCUGAUUGCGGUCUCAUUUUCUUCAUUUCCAAUUGGGUGUGAUUUUCAUGGUCUUAGUGAGGGACAGAUGGUGGGAAUCUUAUUAGGAUUAUGCAAAAUUGCUACAAGCACUCUUCUGCGAGCCCCAGUUGUUACGGCAAAUCCAAAGUUCGAUUUGCAGCCAUAUGAUUUCUUCAUGUUCAGCUACUUUCCUCCCCUCAGUUAUGGUCGAUCUGUAAACUGUUUCUCAAUAUUAAUUUUACAUUUAUGUUUUAGAGUUAGGAGUUGGGAGAAACAUAGUAGCUGUUAUGGCCUUGUUGGGAGGAGUGAAAAACCAAAUGUAUUUUUGCUGUAUAAUCCUUCUCCAUUGGCUGAGGAUAUUGUUUUCUCAAGACCCUGGGGACUGAAGGAGGCCAAGGAUAAUGCUUUUUAAUACUGUUGCAGGUUGCGCUGCUCAUUUAUUUUUCUUUUGUUUUUCAUUUUGCUUCUAUGCACUAGUUUUCUAGGAAGAGAUGCUCUCUCGUUGUUGACCUUUAAGCAUACAUUUACUCUUUAUUCAGUUGAGCAACAUUUUAUUCGAA